CGAUCAAUGUUCACCAGGUAUGCUUGUUCUGCCCCAAAAUUUUCAUACCGACCGCGCUAUUGUUUACCCCAAGCUACUGGGCGCUGCCAUAUUGGAAUUGUGAAAUGGAGCUCCCUUUGUUGAAUGAAUUUAGUAUGAUACUUACUACUUCAAUACAGAUUAUGUUAGCUCCUUCUGAUACAGAAUAUAUAGACCAGCUAAUCUCCACUAUUGGAGAUAUUUGCAUCUUAGGUCAAGAGGGGCAGCUUAUGAACGAUUUGGCUCGGUUCUCGGAAAAGCAGGAGGCCGAGAUCGAACGACUGUGUAACAACAACCAUCAGAACUUUGUUCAAUCAGUCAACCACCUUCUCAGUGUACGGAAAGGCACAGUUGACUUGACUCAAGAAAUUCUUAAACUAAAUGAAGCGAUCCAGAGCUCUACUGAGCGGUUGGUGAAAGAGAAAAAGGCGCUGGUCAACUCUCGAGAGAUCCGAGAAAACAUCGAUGAAGCAACAAGGGCAUUAAAGUCAUGCUUAGAGGUCUUAGGGCUUGCAAAUCGAGUCGGAGAUCUUUUGAGAGAGAAGAAACGAUAUGCAGCUUUAAGAGCUUUAGAGGAGUUGCAAAACGUGCGCUUGAGGGAGGUUACGCAAUUCGAGAUUGCCGAAAUAAUUCAGAAAUCUGUUCCGUCCAUGAAAACGAUGGUCAAAGAGGCCGUUAUGACAGACUUAAAUGCCUGGCUCUAUAAGGUCCGAGAAAAUUCAAUGCUUCUAGGACAGGUAGCUUUCUAUCACACCGACAAACGCCGGCACCGACAGGAAGAGAGGGUGCAGGGUAUCUCCAAUUUGCGAUGGCUCAAGAUUAACUCUGCGUUAGAACUUGCCCUGGAUGAGCGGGAAGAGUUCGAUAUCCUUGACAACGAAGACAUAACUGUUGACUUCACGCCCUUAUUUGAAUGCUUACAUAUGCAUGAAGCGAUGGGGGAGAGGGAUGAGUUCCGAGUUACAUACGCAAAUGUUAGAAGACAGCAGAAGGAUCUUCUGUUCUCCAACCCACAUACCGUUGCGGAUGAGAACGUAAGCUGUAUAAGUCGUCUGCUAGAAGAUAUAUGCGGCUUCGCGAUAAUUGAGAAAUCUACACUUAAGAAAACUUCAGGUUUUCGUUCUCCUGUUGACGUAAGCUUCCCCAUCUAUUAGUCGCCCGAUAUAACCCGUCUGAGAGACAUUCCCUGCGAAGCCCUUGCUAGAGCUCACGUUCCAAGCACGUUUACAUCUCCGCUCUAUUUAGGGAUCUUCCGCCUUACGUUCGGUGGCUGAUAGUGUCGUAGGUUGAUGAUUUAUGGGAUUCGAUGUGUAAGAAAGCGAUAAUCAUGAUAACUCAACAGGUGGAAAAUAUUACCAAGGCAGAAACCUUAUUGAAAAUAAAAAAUGUAUUAGCCUUGUUUAUACAGGCUAUGGAUGUUGGUGUACUUCUUUCUGUACUACUUCUAUCUGCUAAUUUACAACAGACCUGGGAAUAUUCCGUCAAGCCCCUUGACGAAUUCCUUCUCGGUCUUUUCGACAAGUACUCGGAAUGUUUGAAGAAGAACUUCAUUGGCGAGUUCAAAAAGGUAUAAGAGUUACAAAAUAGCUCGCAUACGCUUCUAUCUCAGAAUGUGAGACUAAAAUAAGGUUGAAUCAUUUGGCUACAGGUUGCGAUGAGCGACGACUACACACCUAUGGCGGUUGAGAAUCGACCAAAAUAUGACGAUAUUAUGAAAUCGGUCUGGUAUAGUCCGGAUAAGGAUCCUGAAAGUAUACAGUAUGCGCUCUACACCGUCAAAACUUAAUACCAAAUGGCCGGCACUGAACGGGUUCUACUAGAUUUCCGACAGUUAUGCCUUUUUCGCGGAUAUAUCCACUUUGUUGUCGCUUUAUCCGCGAUUUGCUCGAGAAAUACUACUUUUACGCGGACGAGUAUUUCCAAAAUCAGGGCGCCAUUGAUCGGGAGCUACAGAAGGUUAGUUCUUUUUAGCGUGCGGACUUAUACAGGUGCAAAACUGACUUAUAUGGUCCUUUAGUCCCUCGACGAACUACUGUGUGAACAGGUUUGUAGCACUUUGGAGGAGCACUUGGGCUCGCAAUAUCUUGGACAGAUCGUCCAAAUACUCAUAAAUCUUGAGCAUUUUGAACAUGCCUGCCGGGAACUUGAAUAUCUCCUUGCAGAAUCUUGCUCUACAAGUGAGACAGGGGCCGUAACCCUCAAAGCAACAGAGCGAUUCAGGUCCGGGAAGAAAACUGCAGGGGAGAGGAUAUUUGAGCUUGUGAACAGCAAGAUAGAUGAUCUCAUUGGGACUGCCGAGUACGACUGGAUGGCUACUAAAGAUCAGAACCAGCCUAGUGAAUAUCUACAGCAAACCACUCUUUUCUUAAGGAAUAACAUGAGCUCCACAUUGUUAAAUCUACCCAGAGAAAUCCAGGGGUUCGUUUACUUUGGUGCCUUGGGCCAUGUUGCAUCGUCUAUACUUGUAAGCCUCAUCAGAGUGCUCAGUCUGAUGAUAAAAGUCAGAGGCCGCUAAUCUUGUAUCACCAGGGCUUGCCUCUCAGCGAAGACAUAAGCCAGAUUAACAAGAUUUCCGUUCACAACUUGGAUAUGGACGUCAAAUAUCUUCAAGAGUUUGUGGACAGCCUCAAUGAGCCAAUGCUCCCUUCGGUCUUUGAUGAGCUCAGGCAAACAAUCGACCUCUUGAAAUCCGACAACUCGGACGAAUUCUAUAACAUUAGCACUAAGAUGAAGAAAUACGCGAAUGUAGAUCUGAUUAAUGGGGCGGUAUUAUUGGAAAAGUGCGCUCUCUUGUCACCCCCCCUCUUUAUUGCUCUUUAUCUGAUACCGGCUGCUUGUUAACUCAGGUUGCUUGCCGGAGAAGCUGUAUCCACCAAGAAAGGGUUCGCUGGGCGGUUUAGAUCCUGAGGGUGCACGCUUCAAGAUUUUUCCUUGCUAUUGCCUCUCCUUACGUUGUAGAUUUCCUACAUAAAGUUUAACCCCGAUUCCUCUUGUGAUGGUGUUGACGGGCCUGGGUCCUGGGAUUGAGGUGGCGGGCGUGAAAAAUAAUAAUAAAAAGAUCAGUCUUGUAAAUUGAGUGGGGUAGUAUGAUAAGGGAUAGCAGUAUGGUACUAGCAGCCUUAACAAGAUUAAGAGGCAAUGGUAACAUACAUCUGUGAAGGAAUCCAUAAGUCGUGGAGCAUUGAAUGGUGAAGCGACGAGUGAUAGCAAGC